CUUUUCAAUUUCUCUCCUUUCGCUCCCCAUUCCCUCCCGUGUGGAAGAGACAAUGGUACUUCAGUGCGGAGCAGAGACAUAUGACCAGCACAUGAAAAUGUGGUAAUUUGGAUGUAUUCGUGAUUGCAACAUAUUGAAGAAAUUAGACCAGACAGAGAGUGUUUUUGGAAGAGGAGGAGGCAGCAGAGAGAGGGAGGGCGACGAGGGUGAGAAAGGGGAGGACGCCUCUGCCUAGGGGACUCCAGGACGGCUGCUGCUAAGUAUAUCCAUCGUAGGAAUGGAGAGGGACCGUAUCACAGCCUUGAAGCGAUCUUUUGAGGUCGAGGAAGUUGAGCCACCCAACUCUACUCCACCCCGGAGGGUCCAGACUCCACUGCUCCGCACCACAGUGGCCAGCUCCACCCAGAAGUUUCAGGACCUGGGUGUGAAGAACUCAGAGCCAGGUGCCCGCCAUGUAGACUCCCUGAGCCAGCGCUCCCCAAAGGCGUCCCUGCGAAGGGUCGAGCUGGCGGGGCCCAAGGCUUCGGAGCCCAUGUCACGCCGCACUGAGCUUUCCAUCGACAUCUCCUCCAAGCAAGUGGAGAACGCGGGUGCCACUGGUCCCUCCCGGUUUGGGCUCAAGAGGGCUGAGGUGCUGGGCCACAAGACGCCAGAGCCGACCCCUCGGAGGACGGAGAUCACCAUUGUCAAACCCCAGGAGUCAGCUCACCGCAGGAUGGAGACUCCUGCCGCUAAGCUCCCCGAGGCGCCUGCCGCCCCUGUUGCCGACGCAGCCCCCAAGAGGGUGGAGAUCCAGGUGCCCAAGCCAGCCGAGGCACCCACCUGUCCCCUCCCGCCCCAGACUCUGGAGAACUCAGAGCCCCCGAUGUCUCAGCUGCAGAACAGGCUGGAGGCCAGGCCCCCUGUGGCGGAACCCCCAUCCCGGAGCCAGGAGGCCACUGAGGCAGCACCCGGCUGUGUGGGCGACAUGGCCGACACCCCUCGAGAUGCCACGCUGAAGCAAGCACCUGCGUCGCGCAAUGAGAAGGCCCCGGUGGACUUUGGUUAUGUGGGCAUCGAUUCUAUCCUGGAACAAAUGCGCAGGAAGGCCAUGAAGCAGGGUUUUGAAUUUAACAUCAUGGUGGUUGGGCAGAGCGGCCUAGGGAAAUCCACCUUAAUCAACACCCUCUUCAAAUCCAAAAUCAGCCGGAAGUCUGUGCAGCCCACCUCGGAGGAGCGCAUUCCCAAGACCAUUGAGAUCAAGUCCAUUACCCACGAUAUUGAAGAGAAGGGGGUACGGAUGAAGCUGACAGUGAUCGACACGCCAGGCUUUGGGGAUCACAUCAACAAUGAGAACUGCUGGCAGCCCAUCAUGAAGUUUAUAAAUGACCAGUAUGAGAAAUACCUGCAGGAGGAGGUCAACAUCAACCGGAAGAAACGCAUCCCCGACACGCGUGUCCACUGCUGCCUCUACUUCAUCCCGGCCACCGGCCACUCUCUCAGGCCCCUGGACAUCGAGUUCAUGAAGCGCCUCAGCAAGGUGGUCAACAUUGUUCCGGUCAUCGCCAAGGCUGACACGCUGACGCUGGAGGAGAGGGUCUACUUCAAGCAGCGGAUCACUGCAGACCUGCUGUCCAACGGCAUCGAUGUGUAUCCGCAGAAGGAGUUUGAUGAGGACUCGGAGGACCGGCUGGUGAACGAGAAGUUCCGAGAGAUGAUCCCAUUUGCUGUGGUGGGCAGUGACCACGAGUAUCAGGUCAAUGGCAAGAGGAUCCUUGGGAGGAAGACCAAGUGGGGCACCAUUGAAGUUGAGAACACCACCCACUGUGAGUUUGCCUACCUGCGGGACCUCCUCAUCAGGACACACAUGCAGAACAUCAAGGACAUUACCAGCAGCAUCCACUUCGAAGCCUAUCGCGUGAAGCGGCUCAACGAGGGAAACAGCGCCAUGGCCAACGGGGUGGAGGAGAAGGAGCCGGAGGCCCAGGAGAUGUAGAUGCCACCCCCACCCCAGGACCCCACCCCCCAAAUCCUUCCAUCCUCCUCGGUCCAUCCACUCGCUCCCCUCUUAUUUUAUACAACUGUCUCCAUUGGCCACAGUCUCCUGCCCCUUCCCAAGCUGCCUGGUAACCAGAGGAGACGUCCCGCCUCGUGUGCUCGUACUGGCCGCAGCUAUGGAGUGGGUGCGACCAUGGCCUGAGCCUGCCUCUGGUCUAAGCUGGCCGGUGGCCACAGAAGAGGACCAGGCCCGGCCUCUGAGCAGCCAGAAGGGCCUUGAGUCUGUGCCCUCUGAGGCCAGGCCCUGGGUGUGCACAGGUGCCCACACAUCCCCAUGUCCACGACCUCGAGUGGGUCCUAGGCGAUGUCCGAGGGAGGAAGGGGCCGCUCUUGUCCCUCCACGUGGCACAGGCCACCCUUCACAGCACCCUUGCCCACCUGCUUCCAGGGGAGACUAGAGAAUUCCACAACCGAAGUUGCCAAUUGCCCAGACACGGGUUUUCCCGUUCCGUUCCCACCCAUCCCAAAGCAGAAAGUGCCUUGAUCUCAGCCGUCCACAUGAGCCAGUGGCCUCUCUCCAGCUGUCCUCUGGGGCCAGAAGCAGGGACAUGCUGGAGAGAGGGAGGUGUGUCUUUUUCUCCUUCACCCCUCACCCCCCACGCCGCCACUUCCCGUGGGCUGUCUGUGCUGUCGACGCCCUGGACUCUGACGAGGAUGAGAAAGAAAGCACAAAAGAUGAACCCCACCCACCCCCAUCUUAGGAAGGUCUAAGGAAGCCCAUCUGUGAAGGUGCGGGAAGGCAGGUGGAGUGUGUGGGGAGCCACCCUACCCCGGUGCCAGGGGAGGUGUGCGUGUGUGUGUGUGUGUCUGUCUGUCUGUCUAGUCGUUGGUUUGGCCUUAGUUGUUCUGGUUACAUGGGUGCCAGUUGCCCCCUCCCCACACUCACUGCCCAGGGUCUGACCUUGCUUGACUCGCUGACCCUGGUCAAUAGGAGCUAGAAGAACGAUAUGCUGGUCCCAGAUCCCAUCAUCGAGACCCCCACAUGGAGAACCAAGGGAGUCAGAGUCGCAUGAGACAUGGCUGGGCUGCAGGGCAAAGUCUCACGGCAGCAGAGUCUAGCUCCCUCGCCCCCUGUCCCCCUGAGAGGACAAGCAGGGACCAUCCUCAAGCUGACCAAAGUUUCAUCCUUCCCACUUCCUGUUCCCGUCAGCCCCUGGGAAGUGGGAAGGGGCUGGAGAGGCAGGGCACAGGUGAGUGUUAGGAGGCGCACCUCUGCAGACCCCCAGGCUGGCUUCUCGCAGCCUAGAAGCAUCGUGGAAGGGAUGGGGUGCAGACAGGCUCAGGGUGUACAGAAGUCAUUGAAUUGGGUGUGUCCCUCCCCCUACCCAAGUGUGGAAGGCUUGUCAUCAAGCCCCUCCGCUGAACAGUUUACUUGCCAACUGCCAACUUGCCAAGUUGUUGCCAAAACCAAGACUUCGAAGGAGAUACCCAGCACCUGAGCCCAGGGCACCCAUCCAGUGCCCUUCCCCGGCCCACAGCAUCCCGGUGUCCGUCCGGAUGGCUUUGCCUCCGGUCUCUGUAACCAGACUUUGGAAACUGCUCAUUUUGCCAGCCUGUUCCACAAGGGCCUUUUGCCAGGCGCCUCCUGAGAAAUUUGUCUCUUUUUGUAUAAAUAACAAAGUGUUGAGAUUCAUUCCCUGAAAUAAAUGUUUCCAAUGCAAACUGGCA